AUGGGAACAGCAAAGUCGGAUGUCCAACUCAAAAGCUUUUCUAGUAUCUUCCGUCUGGAUGGCAAGGUAGCUCUUGUUACCGGUGGUUCCCGAGGCAUCGGUCUUCAUGUGGCAUCUGGCUUCCUUCAGGCUGGUUGCAUUAAGGUCUAUAUCACCGCGCGCAAAGCUAAGGGUUGUGACGAAGCUGUCGCAGCUCUCAAUAGUCUCCCGAAUAAGUUGCCGCAUGCUCGGGCUAUUUCGGUGCCUGCAGAUAGCAGCAGUGUUGUAGGAAUUGAGAGACUAGUAGUGGAAAUCGGAAAAACUACCGACCACGUUGACAUUCUCUUUGCGAAUGCAGGUGCCACCUGGGGUGAGCGGUUUGAGACACAUCCGGAAGUUGCCUUUUCGAAAUUAAUGGAUAUCAAUGUUAAGGGUGUUUUUUAUACUGUGCAGAAGUUGGAGCCGCUUUUGAAAAGAUCAGCGACGGUCGACAACCCCAGCCGGGUCAUUGUAAAUGCAUCGAUCGCCGGACUUGGGGUCGGAGAACUGGGAGAGCAUGCCACUUACAGCUAUGCCGCGUCAAAGGCAGCAGUCAUCCAUCUCACCAAGAAUAUGGCGGUUGAGCUUGCUCCUCGAGGUAUUCUCUGCAACGUAGUGGCGCCUGGAUUCUAUCCGACCAGGAUGGCAUCUGGACUGAUUGAGCUCUCAGGAGGUGUGGGAACGCUUGCAGCAAGUACGCCGAAUCGAAGAGUUGGGGCUCCAGAAGACAUUGCAGCUCUGGUGACAUUUCUGGCUGCACCAGCCUCGAAACACCUGAAUGGCAUAGUGAUAGUUACAGAUGGUGGUGCGAUGCUAGGCAGAAGCAAGCUGUAA